UCCACCACUCAAGGUCAUUAUCAAAUUAUCAUCAUGAUAAGAAUGUAAGGCAGAGAUUUGCUAUUUUUUGGCCAUUUUUGUCAACAUGGCAGGCAAUAAACCCACCGAAUGGGUUUUGAAGGUUCUGUCAAGAUUUGAAGAACAGCUGCCGAUUAGUGCAAGUGGACAGCCAAGUAUUGUAGCUAUUGAUAGGGAACAGACUAAAGAAUGCCUGAUUGCAGUGAGCAAGAACCGCUUUACGGAGGUGAUCACGAGGCUGACGAUGAUCUUAAACAAAUUACAUACCAACGUGCCACCACUGAGGUCAGGUGACGAGAAGAAUGUUUACAAAUCUCAGCUGAUAAUCCUGGGAACAAUAGAAAAAUGUCUGUCAGGGCAACCAAAAGAUUGGUCCCGGAUUGAUGAGACCAAGCUAGUGAAGAAGCUGCUGCAAGAGGUAUCUCAUUUCCUCAAUGGGUCCAGUGACAAUGCCAUGGCUUGUGAACUAAAACAGCGGGCAUCAAGAAUACUGUUUUCCCUAAGUCAGACGAACUUCAACGCCAUGUUUAAGCGCAUCUCAAGCAGGUUAGAUGACCUAUCUUCAUCUAAUGAUGACACAGUUGAUCUGGUGGACAUUGACUUAAUUCAACACAUGAAUAUGAAUCUAAAGCAACUAACGCAACUACUGACAGAGUUUUCAACAAAAUUAAAGCAUGUGAAAAAGUCAGCAAUUGCCCAGCUUGUGGUCAGCAUUGAAAAGGCAAUAUGGAAUUGGAUGGACAACUACUCCGAGGUAUUUUUGCAUCUGCAGACGCAUAGUAACACUGAACUUGAAGAAAUCUGUGACCGUGUGUUUGAUAUCGCCGAGACAGAUAUGCAGUCAAAUAAACGCAAAGGCUCUGUAUGGUUGUUGGAAGUGAUGUUACUUAUUCUGUGCCCUGUGUUACUUGGCGAGUUGCUUAGCUGCGAGUCAACAAGCCAGCUUGCUGUUAGCCAUCAGAAGAAAAAGCAUUUUUUAGAGAACAUUCGGAGAUUAUUAAGCACACCAGGCAGUAACAAGCAACUGAUGGAAUACAGUGUAGUGGCUGCCGUCAAGCUCUGCAAGGCUGCCAGCUAUGUUAACCGUUCUGAUACGUCCAUAUACUUUCACAUCGUGGAACCGCAUAUUGCUGACUUAAAGGCUUUACUUUUUAAUGUUAACAAGCCCUUUACCAGAGGUCUCUUGUCAUCCGACGUUGACUUAAUGGUCGAGUGUGCAGUAGCUUGUUUUCGUAUUCAACCAGACUAUGCUGACCAUUUCCAAGCGUGCUUGAUUCCGUGCGCUCCGGCCCUCUUUCAUCUCGUUCUGGUCCGUUCACUGCAUACGAUUAUCACCCAGUCUUCAAUGGUUUGGUGGCCUACAAUUUCUUGCCUGCAAUCAAAAGCAGAGGAAAUUCGAAACUUGUUCAAAGAAUGUGUUUUCAAAUUGAACCCAACUCAACCAAUAAGGUCAUUUCGGGAGAAGAUUGGAAUAACAUUGAAUCCAACGAGGCUUAAAUCUCCAGACGAGUUGCCUAGCAACAAACAACUUCUUCUGUGGCUUGUUCGUCUCAUUCAUGCUGAUCCCAAAUUUAUGCUGCAGAAUACUGGUCGCCAGGGACAUGAGAUGCAGAAAAGCACUCUGGAGCUGAUCAUGAAUCUGGUUACCCUGAUGUGUCAGUACCACAUCAUGCCAGAGGUGUCACAGGAAGCCAUGGGAGCUCUUUUGAAGCUUCACCAGCCAGAGAACAUUGAACUGUGGAAUAGAGAGGCUUAUGUUGAGACAUUCUGGUCUAUAAGUUAUCAAGUAUUGUUUUCAGUCUCACAAAAGCUGAUCAACCAACAAAUCAUGAAUGUUAUUGACAUCUUGAAGUGGUUUAGUGAAGUGCUUGCACUUAGGAACAAGUUCUUAAACAAAUUCAAAGACCAUGCCACUGUUAGUCAGUACAUACCCAACAUGAGCAAAGCACAAAAUGUUCUUGAGGUUGUGUUCCUGAUGCACCUGUGUAGUUCUGAUUUGGAGACUGUGUUAGUAUCAAUGUCUUGCUUUGGACACCUGUGCGAGGAAGCUGACAUCUGCUGGGGUGCUGAUGAUUACUACAUCCUCCAGGUGGUUCCCAAUUACAAUGUAUAUGCAGAGUUUGCUUCAGAGAGCCGCUACAACCGCACAG